AUGGAGCAAAUGAAUGAUGAAUUUAAUGUGACAUAUAUAACUUUUGGUGGGCAUGUUGACUUGCAAAAAUACAGAUUUCUGUAUUUUGCCAUCAUGUUUAUAGUAUAUAUUCUAAUACUUUGCAGCAAUUCAACUAUAUUAUGUCUCAUCUGGAUUAAGAAAAGCCUGCAUGAGCCUAUGUAUAUUUUUAUUGCAGGAUUGUUACUGAACUCUGUUAUCUUCAGCACUAACAUCUACCCAGAACUUCUGAUUGACUUUUUAUCUGACAAGCAGAUCACAACUCAUUCACUAUGCAGCAUUCAAGCAUUUAUUUAUUACUCUUUAACUGGUUCAGAGUUCUUUCUGUUGGCAGCUAUGGCCUAUGACAGGUAUGUGUCUAUAUGCAAACCCCUGCAAUAUCCAACCCUCAUGAAAAAAACAACUGUCACAGUUUUGCUAGUUUCAGCUUGGCUUCUACCUGCUUGCCAGCUUUUCCCAUCAGUUGUAAUGAGUCACAGUUAUAAAAUCUGCAACUUUACCUUGAAUGGAAUUUUUUGUAAUAAUGCAAUUUCCAAGCUUUACUGUGAUACCUCAAGAGCAACAUAUAUCAUAUAUGGUGUGUUUAUACUACUUAACACUGUAGUUCUUCCUUUGCUUUUCAUACUUUUUACAUACUCAAAGAUAUUUGUAAUUUGCUAUCGAAGCUGCAGAGAAGUCAGGAAAAAAGCUGCACAGACCUGUUUACCCCACCUGCUUGUUUUAGUAAGUUUUUCAGGUUUGUGUUCAUAUGAUAUAAUUAUAGCUCGACUGGAAAUUAAUUUGCCCAAAGCUGCACGUUUUAUAAUGAGCUUACAACUGGUUUUGUAUCAUCCACUCUUUAAUCCAAUCAUAUACGGACUAAAAAUGAGAGAAAUCUCUAAACACCUCAAGAAGUUAUUCUGUAAAUGCAAACUCAGCAUAUAUCAAAAAUAA